AUGGCUGAUGUCCAAGUACUUGCUGAUGUUUACUCUGACCACAGAGUAAUAUACUGCAAAAUCAACCACGCUAAGCCACCUCCUGCAAAGAUCUUAAAGACAUGUAGACCAACAAAGAGCUUGGAUGCCAUUUAUGCGAUAUUGCUGAUGCAUUCUCACAGAUCCACCUCUCUACAUCUACGCAAUCAUUACAUGACCUUGUUUUCCUAUAUAAUGAUGUUCUUAAAGAUAUCUUCGAUACCCUUGCACCGAUUCAAACACGAUGGAUUAGACACCGUCCACAAGCACCGUGGUAUGAUGACAAUCUACGACAAGUGAAACGAGACAAACGCAAGCUGGAGCGUAAAUUCAGGAAGUCUGGUCUUAGAGUCGACAAACAGCAAUUUGAAUUAAAAUGCUCUGAAUAUAACUCUCUACUCGAAACUUCCAAACGUAACUUUUUUAAGAGUAGAAUAGAACAGGCAGACCGCGAUCAGCUUUUCAAACUUGUUGAUGGCCUAUUCUCAGUAAACACCACUGUGCUACCUCCUUAUGAUUCUCUUGAACAACUUGCUGGAGACUUCAAUGCUUUCGUCAUUGGCAAAAUACGAGGCCUGCGAAUGGAAUUAAUGAAUCCUUAUUUUGGUCGUAUUCGAAAGUAG